AUGCUUUUUUAUAUAGGACAAACGAGGAGCAAACGAUCCCUUUCGCCAGGCGCCGGCAGUUUUAAAUAUAUCGUGUCUAAGACUGUCCCGGGGUGGGAAGACAAAUAUCGGUUGAGAGGUUUAUUCCUUUUUGGUUUUGUCUGUAGUCCCCUCGACGACGUGCCGAUCUAUGGUGGUACGAGGUCGAGACUCAGUGUGCGAAGUGUUUCCCCUUCUUUUGGAAAACUAGACAAUUUGGUACGGUAUCCAGUCCAGAGCGGCCAGGCUCGGGGUAAAGCGGAAUGGAAACCGUCGAGCGCACGAGAGACCCACCGACGGCUGACGACCGCGUAUUUUGAAUACCGAAACCUACAUCCUAAAUAUCGAGUCUUCACAUAUUAA